CUUUCCUAUCCCGGGCUCCUCCCCUCCGCGCGGACUCGGUGCUUCCGGCAGGCCAGUCGGGAGCCCCGGACCCACAAGUACAGCUGAGUUGAUGGCUUCAGAAAAACUGGCAUAGCUGCAGAAUAUGAGCAGUUCGCUCGGAAGAGUCCAAUGCCUUUGGCACACGGAUCAGAAUAAAGAAAGUAUGUCUCCUCUGAAGAUACAUGGUCCUAUCAGAAUUCGAAGUAUGCAGACUGGAAUUACAAAAUGGAAAGAAGGGUCCUUUGAAAUUGUGGAGAAAGAGAAUAAAAUCAGUUUAGUUGUUCACUACAAUACUGGAGGAAUACCAAGGAUAUUUCAGCUAAGUCAUAACAUUAAAAAUGUGGUGCUUCGACCCAGUGGAACAAAACAAAGCCGCCUAAUGUUAACUCUGCAAGAUAACAGCUUUUUGUCUAUUGAUAAAGUACCAAGUAAGGAUGCAGAGGAAAUGAGGUUGUUUCUAGAUGCAGUCCAUCAAAACAGACUUCAUGCAGCAGCCAUGAAGUCUUCUCAGGGUUCUGGAAAUUUUGGAGCUAUUCUGGGCAGCAGGACCUCACAGAAGGAAACCAAUAGACAGCUUUCCUACUCAGACAAUCAGGCCUCUUCAAAAAGAGGAAGUUUGGAAAGUAAAGAUGAUAUUCCAUUUCGAAAAGUUCUUGGUACUCCAGGUAGAGGCUCAAUGAAGACUACAGCAGGAAGUGGAAUAACUGUCACCCGGACAAUUCCCUCUUUGACAUCUACAUCAACGCCUCUUAGGUCAGGGUUAUUAGAAAAUAGAACCGAAAAGAGGAAAAGAGUGCUGUCAUCUGGUUCAGAAUUGAAUGAAGAUUACCCUAAAGAAAAUGACUCAUCAUCGAACAACAAGGCUAUGACAGAUCCCUCAAGAAAGUAUUUAACCAGCAGUAGAGAAAAGCAACUGAGUUUGAAACAGUCGGAAGACAAUAGGACAUCAGGGCUUUUACCCUUGCAGUCAUCAUCCUUUUAUGGUAGCAGAGCUGGAUCCAAGGACUAUUCUUCUGGCAGCACUAACCUAGAAAGGACUAAUGUUUCAAACCAAACUCCCUCUGCCAAACGAAGUUUGGGGUUUCUUCCUCAGCCAUCUCCUCUCUCUGUUAAAAAACUGAGGUGUAACCAAGAUUACACUGGCUGGAACAAACCAAGAGUGCCCCUUUCCUCUCACCAGCAGCAACAACUGCAGGGCUUCUCCAAUUUGGGAAAUACCUGCUAUAUGAAUGCUAUUCUACAAUCUCUGUUUUCACUCCAAUCAUUUGCAAAUGACUUACUUAAGCAAGGUAUCCCAUGGAAGAAAAUUCCACUCAAUGCACUCAUCAGACGCUUUGCACACUUGCUUGUGAAAAAAGAUAUCUGUAAUUCAGAGACCAAAAAAGAUUUACUCAAGAAGGUUAAAAAUGCCAUUUCAGCUACUGCAGAGAGAUUCUCUGGCUAUAUGCAGAAUGAUGCUCAUGAAUUUUUAAGUCAGUGCUUAGACCAGCUAAAAGAGGAUAUGGAAAAAUUAAAUAAAACUUGGAAGACUGAACCUGUUCCCGGAGAAGAAAAUUCACCAGAUAUUUCAGCCACCCGAAUAUACACUUGCCCUGUUAUUUCUAACUUAGAGUUUGAGGUUCAGCAUUCCAUCAUCUGUAAAGCAUGUGGAGAGAUUAUUCCCAAACGAGAACAAUUUAAUGACCUUUCCAUAGAUCUUCCUCGAAGGAAAAAGCCUCUUCCUCGUUCAAUUCAAGAUUCUCUUGAUCUGUUCUUUAGGGCAGAAGAACUUGAGUAUUCCUGUGAGAAGUGUGGUGGGAAGUGUGCGCUUGUCAGGCACAAAUUUAAUAGACUACCCAGGAUCCUCAUUCUUCAUUUGAAACGUUAUAGCUUCAAUGUAGCUCUCUCACUUAACAACAAGGUCGGGCAGCAAGUCAUCAUUCCAAGAUACCUGACCCUAUCAUCUCAUUGCACUGAAAAUACAAAACCACCCUUCACUCUUGGUUGGAGUGCGCAUGUGGCAAUUUCUAGACCAUUGAAAGCCUCUCAAAUGGUGAAUUCCUGCGUCACCAGCCCUUCUACACCUUCAAAGAAUUUCACUUUCAAAUCCAAGAACUCCUUGACUUUAUGCCUUGAUUCAGACAGUGAGGAUGAGCCAAAACGCUCUUUUACCCUCAACCAGAGACAUUGUGAAAUAUCAGGUAGUGAACAGCAGCAGCAAGACGAUCUGGAAAAAGAUUCAAAAUCAUGCAGAAUAGAGCCUGAUAAGUCUGAAUUGGAAAACUCUGGAUUUGAUGGAAUGAGCGAAGAAGAACUUUUAGCGGCUGUUUUAGAGAUAAGUAAGAGAGAAGCUUCACCAUCUCUGAGCCAUGAAGAAGAUGACAAACCGACCAGCAGCCCAGACACUGGAUUUGCAGAAGAUGAUAUUCAAGAAAUGCCUGAAAAUCCAGACCCUAUGGAAACUGACAAGCCCAAAACAAUCACAGAGCUGGAUUCCACCAGUUUUACUGAGAUUGCUAAAGACUGUGAUGAGAAUAAAGAAAACAAAACUCCAGAAGGAUCUCAAGGAGAGGUUGAUUGGCUCCAGCAGUAUGAUAUGGAGCAUGAAAGAGAAGAGCAAGAGCUUCAGCAGGCAUUGGCUCAGAGCCUUCAGGAGCAAGAGGCUUGGGAACAGAAAGAAGAUGAUGACCUCAAAAGAGCUACAGAGUUAAGUCUUCAAGAGUUUAACAACUCUUUUCUGGAUUCAUUGGGUUCUGAUGAAGACUCUGGAAAUGAGGAUAUUUUAGAUAUGGAGUACACAGAAGCUGAAGCUGAGGAACUAAAAAGAAAUGCUGAAACAGGAAAUCUUCCUCAUUCGUAUCGGCUCAUCAGUGUCGUCAGUCACAUUGGUAGCACUUCUUCUUCAGGGCAUUACAUUAGUGAUGUGUACGAUAUUAAGAAGCAGGCGUGGUUUACUUAUAAUGACCUGGAGGUAUCUAAAGUCCAAGAGGCUUCUGUGCAAAGUGACCGGGAUCGGAGUGGCUACAUCUUCUUUUAUAUGCACAAGGAGAUCUUUGAUGAACUGCUUGAAACAGAAAAGAACGCUCAGACACUUAGCAUGGAAUCGGGGAAGACUACUCGUCAGGCCUUGUGAGAAACAAACUCCUGGGUUGGCAGUAUGUACUGUGUAGUCUGUUGCCACCCACUCACCCUUCCUCUGCCCAAGGAGAAUUUGGAACUCUACUUGAUGCGGGAGCAACAUACAGCUCAGGGCCAAACCAAAAGACGAAAUUGCAAUUAUGUGGAAUGCUCCAUGCUAAUUGUUUAUGGAAAUUUGGUCUCACAUCUGUAGCUGAUUAUCCUCUUUUUCUCCUACAAGAGUGGCACUUCCUUCUGUCUUAGGAAUACAUGUUGUAGAUAUAUAUAAUUAUGUGUGUACAUAUUUACACACACACCUGUAUGUGGAAUGAAUGGAACCUUGGAGUUAGAAUGAGCCACCAGCUCAAAAUUAAUAGCACAGCAGUUUGGAGAAGUGAAGUUGUCAAAGGUCCAUUCACCUGAGAAAUGUGUAAAGAUAUACAUAUCAGUUGGCAUUCGGCUUUUAUUUUCCUGGAAUAGUUUGACUCAAGUCUGUAAUCUUGCAUAUGUGUUACUUACUAGUAAAGUUCACUGGAAAGCCUGCUCUCCAUGUUACACUAAUAACAGUUUCUCCUCAUUGCAAAGGAGGAGCAUUUCUGCCACCUAACUUGAGCUUUUUUUUAAAAAUUAUUUCAUGGAUUUGUAACGCUUUUGCUGUUUACAUGCAGUCCCAAGAAAUGGGUUGUCGGUGCUUUGGAAUGUGUUGUGCUCCCUCAUUUGGUGUUCUUUUUACCCUUUGCAUUUUUUUUUUUUAAAGAGAUUCCUUCAUACGGUCUCUUCAUUAUAUGUCAACUAUAUUGUUAUGGUGGUAAAGGUAGAAUCUUCUAUUUUCUCUUAUAUCAUUCUUCCAUGGAAUAAGCAUUACCUUAACAGAUUGCCACCAGAACUCUUGCUAGGAAUAUAAUUAUCCAAUUGGGACUCCCCAUGACACUUAGGGGUGAGGAAUGUUAGCAUCACUGUCUCUCGAGCAUAGAGAGGAUAAGAGCAGUAUUCUUGUGUUAAAACUGCAGCUCUGGACCACCAUGUUGCUGAAGGCCCUAUCACAGGUGUGAAAUUAAGUACAUGAGCUAUGGGAUAAAGGUUGAACAUUUCACCAUUGGCUCUCUGACUUUAUCAUUAAACAGGGUGGGAAUUACAAAUGUGAUUCAUACCACAAUUCCAAAAAGUUAACAAAUAACAAAGGUGCAUAAUAUAUUUAUCUUAUUUUUUAGGUGCUUUGAAUUGAGGCUGGGGUACAGCAUUAAGUGCUACAUUAGUCACUCAGCUGACAUAACAACUUGGUUAAGCAGCUUGAAAAACCAUGUAAAGAAUGAGUUUGAGGGGAGAAUUCUGUCCACAAAAUUUGGAGCCCAGGAAUCAUUAGAAUCUCACAGUUAAGUAUAGCAAAAUAUAAACAGUAUUUUUGUUCAUGGGUGUUUUGUUUUUUUUUUUUUUUUUAUAAACAAGGCGAUUUCAGUACUGAGCUAAGGACAAAACCACAUCAAGUUUUCAAGAGAAGAAAACAUACUUUGAAAUGUACUUUAGUACAUCAUCACAGAAGGUAUAGCAUCUUUUCUGAAAGUUUGCCUUAACAGAGGUCCACUCUUGAAACUAGGAUAUGUUCCCACAUAGUAACUUGCUCUAAAGGUUUGGAUCUUUGAACUACUAUCACUUUUGCUUAACUACUGAUAAAAACUUUACCUCCUCUUAUCAUCUACCUACACUUUAUUGUAGUAAACAUUCUGAAAUGGUGUGGUGGCAGGGUAUGCAGGAGUAGAAUAGAGCAGCGGAAAAUACUUGUUUUAAAAAGUAGAUUUCUAAAUUUUGUUUUCUACAAAGAGAAUCUCUUUUUUGCUUGGAAACAAGUGCUUUUCUCAUAAAUGAAUGAUCAAAUUCUUUAACUGUUUGUUCUCUGUGUCUGUAUUUGAAUGGCACUGUUAAAAAUGAGUGGGACUAAUUUGAAAGUCACAUUCGCUUUUCUUUACUACCUGUACCACCUGUGUGUGGAGAGUGGGGAUUUGAAGUGAGGACUGCACUAGGGCAUAAAGAAAAAUAGAAAUGCCGUAAGCCUAGAGUGCCUCAUUUGACUUGUUUUUUAUAACUUGCAUAUGUAGAUGAUUUAGAGGUGCACUUGGCUCAGGAACCUUUUCUGAUUGAUCUUCGUGUCUUGGGCAAGCCUUAUUAGUGAGAAAAUAGGCUACUGGAGCAGAUGAGCUUUUUUCACAGUUCAUAUAGUCAAAAAAUUGGGGCUUGAUUUUACGUAAUAUCUGACCAUUGCUGUGACCUGGUCAGCCACCUUAUCCAGCUUUACUCCUUUACUGUUAUCCCUUUCACUGUAGUAAACUUCUCAUUUUAUUUAUAGUGAAGGGUUAGUGGCAACAGAUGGAAAUUUCAGCUGGAGCAUGUUGAUGUUUCUUGGAGUUGACUGUAUGUAUUUAAAAUGUGUAAGUAGAUAAUAUAUUAUUUUUUAUGCGAGGUACGAUCGGUUUGCUCAGAAUCGGGGGCGGGGUAUUUGGCAUGUUGGGGCAAGGAAGGGACAAGACAGGUGCGAACAGAGUGCUUCAGUCCCAGGCAGCCUCACAGUUACUAACUAGAAAUUACCAAAUGUGUUUGUAUUACUUUAAAUGGACUGAAUUGGAACUUGACAGCACUUAGUUCUGUACAUGUUGAUCUUAAUUAGAAAUUUGGGAAAAGCAGAACUAAACUGAAGCUCAAGCUCAAUGAUUAUUGUCUAAUAAUACGGAGAAAUGGAAAGUUGCAUGUAGCCAGAAGCUAUUUUCACGUUAGUUGCCAUGACUGUAACUUGGGCCUAUGAGAAGAUAAACUUGUAGGAAAUACACGUGUGUGCGCACUCAAGUUUCAUUUCAACCAGGUAGAAUAAAAAGAAUAUCCAUGAAUUGUUCUAUUUAUAUUUUUGAUUCCAAAAGCUAUUUGUUUACUUGCCAUGGUCUGUGAAUUUCAGGCCUAACUUGAUGGCUCAGUAACAAUGUAAAUGUGUUUACAUCUUAAGACUUAUAUGGUGAUACUUACAGGUCAGCUAAUUAACUCUGGAAAGCAAAUACUAGGUUACACAUUUAUUUCUCUCCUUGAUCAAGUGUAAAAUUCUUCUAGAAGCUUUAGGAAUUAAAACCGCAACAAGUGAGGUUAUGAAUUUACUAUUAUUCCACACUGCAGUUACCAUUAUGUAACUGUAUAAAUACAGCUCUACUCAUGUACAGCUACAGAUAUAGUUGUAUAGUGAACAUUAUCUGGAAACACCUGAAACUAAAGAGAUUAUUGGUAGUGUUUCAUAUAUAGCUAUUAAGAAUAUAGAGAGAAUAUGGUGGAGGAGAGGGCAUUUGAGAACAGAAAAAAGGUAGUUUGUAAACUAAUUUGUGAUCUAUUGAAAAGAGAUAUUAAAACAAAUAGAAAUACUAUUCUUCUCUUUGUUCUCUAAAAUGAAUACAGUGGAUACUCCUAGUCAUCCAGCAUUUUAAUCCCUCCCCACCCUAUUUGAUUUGAUUAACCCCUUUAGAUGGUCUUUUAAGUCAGGGAAGCAAAGGUGUAUUUCCAAAUGUGUCGCUUUUUUAUACAUACAGGGACUCUCAGAAAAACCAACAAACUAAUAUCAGAUGCAAUCACAUAAAAAUAAAAGUGUCCCCCAAAAGUCUCCCAUUCCUGCUUUACACUGAGUAAUGCUUUCUCACACAUGUGUGUAGAAAUUAAACAGACUUGUGCCCUCUACCACCCAAUGUGUAACUUCUAACUGGUCUCUGCUGGUAUGUCUACUAACAUCCAAAAAGAAAUAAUUACUGGAAAGCUAGUUUUGUUAGGCCUAGAGGGUUUGGUGACAUUCUUUGACUGUCUCACCACAAUCAUCAAUUCCGUGUUAGCAUGCUUUGAUUACUAGACUUCAGGCGGUCUCUUUCAUUGUAUCAUAUUUAUUCACAACUAGUAAAUCUUCUUUUCCAUGUGUGCUAUGACUGUUUUUAAGUUUUGAUAAAAAGUGUGCCAGUUUUAGUAACAUUGGACUUACAGAGACAGAGGUUCCAAAUAAUGGACAUGUCCACUGGGUAAGAAAACAGAGUGGGUGAGGUCUGGCCCAGGACCCACGUGUGAGGUCAAAUGCCGAAACAAAGACAACCUGUCUACUGAGCUGGUCUGUGUCAGAACAGAGGGAGUGGAAAGAGACAGACUGCUUGAACCCUCUGAGACUUUCCUCCCGUUCCCCACUUCUCUGCCCUCUGCCUAUCAAUAGUUUGUUUAUGCUUACAGAGAGGAAAUGCAGAAGUGAGGUUCCUAUGCUUUGCCUAGUUGAGCCACUACCAAGUUUGCUGGCAGCUUUGGCCAUAUUUUUUGUGAGGUGAUUCUCUUUGUGUUCAAAGUGAUUUUUGAUUCUGAUUCCUCAUGUUGUUUUGUAUGGAGCGGCACAUUAUCUGUGUUUUAGCAGAACUGUUCCUCUGUACCCUUGCGGUUUUUUCUUGUUUUUGUUUCCUUUUUAAAUUAUGCAUAGAGGUUUUUUUGUGUGUGAAAUUAAAGCCUUUAUUAACCUUG